CCUGACAGAAGAGAUGCCUUUGGCCGGAGCAGAGUUGAUCCAGACUCCGGUUCAGCUCUACAGAUACCUGCUCCGCUGCACCAGACUCCUGCCCUCCAGCGCCAUGCAGCAGCACUACAGACACGCCAUCCGACAGGGCUAUAACAGUCACACGGACGAGGACGACCCUGAGAGAAUCCAGAUGAUCAUCCACAGAGCCAUCGCCGACGCAGACUGGGUCCUCCACAAGUAUCUGAAGAAGUCGUGAGUCUGACGAGUCUGAAGCUUCUGUUUGUGAUUAAACUCAGUCACCAACGUCUAAACUCAGAUAAAAGUUACAGAUUGUGGCUUUAAAUGUGACGAUUGUACAAAAGUCUUAUUCUGUGUUUAUAUGUUUAUGUUAAAUUAAAUAAAACUUGAUGUAACUGUGA